AUGGGACCGUUAAGAGACGACGCCAAACGCCGGGCGGACCGGCAGUUGAGCGCAAGUAUGAGGCCUCCUUCGAACAGACCCACACCGGACAACCGUCGCUCUUCACAUCGAGUGCCAGAUAGAUUUAUGGAUGGAGACGAUGCUCAAAUCGAUUUCACAGCUCCACCGCAGGUUAUUGGCUCACGGGACGGCAACGUGCAUUACAUGCAACAGUCCCUCUUUUCUGUGAUAGCUGCCGUGGGAUCUAAAUCAGACUUCCAUGCUCGUUUCGAAGAAUCAAGCGACAGCGAUGGCGAAUCAGAGAGCGACCCGCGCAUACCUCAAAAAGGCGAGAAAUCGUCUUCUCCGACCCCGACACCCCAGCCAGACUCACGGUUGCCGAAGGGAAGACUGGAAGCAAAGCUUUUUGAUAGGGAGGAAAGAGGACGCCGUCAUCAAAGGGCGAGAUCAGAUAACAAGCUUUCACACACGAUAUCCCGGCUGGAUUCGGACGCUGGGAUGAAAGAGUCAUCAAGCCCAAGCGGUUCGACUCUGACAUUACCUUUGAGAAGAACGAGGAGUGCAACACCGCGAGCAGCUCCUGUAUUAAGUCGUAUGGUGGAAGCGCAGACAAAUUUUGAUGCUACCACCACAACGCAUCGUUCGCCAUCAAACCAACCCGAUACCUCGCCAGACCAACCUCAGUCGUCAGCAUCGGCUCUCUCAACACGGCUCAUGGAAAUGUUCGGAUUCCCCAAACCCGAAAAAGUUCUGGUUGAAUAUGCUUGUUCACUCCUUCAGAGCAUGCUUCUCCAAGGGUAUCUUUAUGUGACUGAAGGCCAUAUCUGCUUUUAUGCAUACCUUCCAAAGAAAUCAAAUGUGGUGAUCAAGUCAGGGUGGCUGUCAAAAUCUGGCCGCAAGAACCCCAGAUAUGAUCGCUAUUGGUUCGCCCUGAAGGGCGAUGUGUUUUCGUACUACGCUGAUCCUUCAAAUCUAUAUUUCCCGAGUGGGCAUGUAGAUCUUCGAUAUGGAAUAUCUGCGUCGCUCUCCGAGCGCAAAGACGGCGAAGUCAAAGAGUUCCAAGUCACUACCGACCAGCGAACCUACUACUUCAGAGCUGAAAGUGCCACCAGUGCAAAGGAAUGGGUGAAGGCCCUCCAAAAGGUCAUUUUCCGGACUCAUAAUGAAGGCGAAAGCGUCAAGGUAUCUUUCCCUAUAGCCAACAUCAUUGACUUGGAAGAGAGUCCGAUGGCCGAUUUUGCCGAGACAUUCAAAAUUCGAGUUCUCGAUAGCGGAGAGUCAUAUGCGAUCGACGAGUACUUCUUCUCCUUCUUUGAAUCUGGGCAGCAUGCGUUCAACUAUAUCAAGGAACUGAUAUCUGCAACAUCCUUGACUAAUUCAACUGAAGCAUUGCGAAGCCAGUCACAUAUUCAAGAUCCGCUUGAAUUAAGUCGCCCUGGCCACAAGAGACUGUCAGUCAGCAGUGUCCGUGCCUCUGAUUCAAGGCAUCAUGCCUCGUCGCCAAAGCGAAGCUCUAGUGUAGGAAAUGAGAACCAAGACUCGGCUGAUUCAUUUGCCGAGCCAGGAACUGGGUCUUCCCCGGUUGUGCAGUCGAUGACAGAGACCACCGAAUCGGCGAGCCAGAUAUUGAAUAGAAGUGAUGUCUUCCAAUCACCUACCAUGCGUACUCUCCAAAGGCGCCCGUCAGACGCGCGAGAGGCUGGUCGGCGAUCUUCUGAUGACACAACUCCUUCCGCUUCAACGCGUCUAGAUCUGGACCCCUCGCGGCGAGGAAAAUCGGCAAAUGCGGGCUAUAAUCUCGCCCAGGCUGAACAAACACAAGGCUCGGCGCCUAGUUCAUCCGGUCACUUGAAUGAGCUUGCCAGAGCGGGUACCUACCUUCCCCAACGCGCCGUUGGUCUCGCUGGAUACUUGAAAAGUCGCUCACGGCAGAUGAGUACUUUGCUGGCAACCGAGUCAAUGGGCUAUAUAGAAAAGGUCUCUGGAAUGUGGUCUGGAAGUCAGAAGCAUUAUGGAGAGCGGGAAGGACCGUUGCUUGAGGACCAGAAUAUUGAUCCAGAGGGUAACGAAGGCGAUUUCAAUUACGGAGAUCGCUUCCGUGCUCACUUUGCUCUUCCGUCAACCGAGCGCCUGCAGGCAACAUAUUACGCCUAUCUGCACCGCGUGCUUCCACUCUAUGGUAAAAUAUACAUCAGCCAGAGGAAGCUUUGCUUCCGCAGCUUGAUCCCUGGGACUCGAACAAAGAUGAUAUUGCCUUUCAAAGACAUUGAAAAUGUCGAGAAAGAAAAGGGUUUCCGAUUUGGAUACCAUGGACUUGUCGUCAUCAUUCGCGGACACGAAGAACUCUUCUUUGAGUUCAGAGCGACGGACUCGCGCGACGAUUGUGCCGUGACACUACAUCAGAAUCUGGAGUCCGUGAAAUACCUGGUGGAAUCUGGUUUGCUAGCAGAGGAAGAGCGAGACGAAGUCGAGGCUGCUAAGGCUGAACAUCGCAUGCUUGAGGAAGCAAGAUUGGACGAUCCAGAGGAGCAUGAGGCACGCCCGACCCUCACUGAAGACUCAUCGGAGGUUCAUCCUUUCUUCGAUGAUCCCCGUGCUUCGAUUAUCAACUUCAAGCCCACUGGGCCGCUCAGGAUCACUUGUCUGACUAUCGGCUCGCGGGGUGAUGUACAGCCUUAUAUUGCUCUAUGCAAGGGAUUGCUUGCGGAGGGCCACAUACCCAGGAUCGCAACCCAUGCUGAGUUUGAGCCUUGGAUACGGAAACACGGCAUUGAUUUUGCUCCGGUUGAUGGCGACCCUGCCGAACUGAUGCGAAUAUGUGUCGAAAAUGGCAUGUUCACCUAUUCCUUCCUCAGAGAGGCUUCAUCGAAGUUCAGAGGAUGGAUUGAUGAUUUAUUAUCGUCGGCCUGGAAGAGUUGCCAAGGAAGCGAUCUUCUCAUCGAGUCUCCGAGUGCCAUGGCUGGAAUCCACAUUGCAGAGGCCUUGCGAAUCCCUUACUUCCGCGGCUUCACUAUGCCAUGGACGAGGACACGGGCUUAUCCACAUGCUUUUGCAGUGCCAGAGAAUCGAAUGGGUGGCGCGUACAAUUUCAUCACGUACGUCAUGUUCGACACUGUUUUCUGGGGCGCAAUUGCUGGUCAGGUCAAUCGCUGGCGAAACAAGGAAUUGGGCCUCAAGGCCACUACUCUAGACAAAAUGCAGCCUAACAAGGUCCCAUUCUUGUAUAACUACUCACCUUCCGUCGUACCUCCGCCACUCGACUAUCCAGACUGGAUUCGCAUCACCGGCUACUGGUUCUUGAACGAGGGCUCGGAUUGGACUCCAUCAGCCGAGCUAUCAGACUUCAUUGCACGGGCCCGAGCAGACGACAAGAAGAUCGUGUAUAUUGGAUUCGGAUCUAUUGUUGUCUCGGAUCCUGCUGCGUUGACGCGGACUGUUGUUGAAUCAGUCCUGAAAACUGACGUCCGCUGUAUUCUUUCAAAGGGCUGGUCUGAUAGGCUCGGUGAUCCGACCAGCACGAAAACUGAGAUUCCCCUUCCGCCGGAGAUCCAUCAGAUCCAAUCUGCGCCGCACGACUGGCUGUUCUCGCAGAUUGACGCCGCGGCUCACCACGGCGGAGCAGGAACCACCGGUGCCAGUCUCCGAGCUGGUGUCCCCACCAUUAUCAAGCCAUUCUUUGGCGACCAAUUCUUCUUCGGUGGCCGCGUGGAGGAUCUUGGCGUCGGCAUAUGCAUGAAGAAACUGAACGUCAGUGUUUUCUCGAGGGCUCUAUGGGAAGCCACGCAUAGCGAGCGCAUGAUUGUGAAAGCCCGCAACCUGGGCAUUCAGAUACGUAAUGAGGACGGCGUGGCAACUGCAAUCCAAGCAUUGUAUCGCGAUCUCGAAUACGCCAAGACAUUGGUUCGACAAAGAUCGAUUGCCUCAUCUACACCAUUUUCUCCGACGCCUUCAGCGAGGACCUCUCCUGAUGAAGGCGAUGAUGACCUUGAUGACAUUGAAGAAUGGACCUUCAUCGGUGACGAGGGUGGCAUUGACAUCUCAAAGCGGAUGCGAGAUCUUGCCGCCUCAGACGCUGAGCAGAAGAGCUCCAAAUACUCUAAUGAUUUGUUCUAA